AGACGACACGGGAAUCACCAGCGCAUGACAAACCCUAGCUUCAUUCUCUCUUGCGCAGACAGCCGAUCUCAUCUCCUUCGUCUUUUCCACUUCCUUCUGUUUAUCGUCUCAAGUCUGUGCAAUCAAACCUCCAUCAAAGGGGCAUAGGUGGUCUGGGUGCAGAGUUUGCUGAUAUAUUUAGAAGAGCUUUUUCUUCUCGUGUAUUUCCACCUCAUGUCACGAGCAGAUUGGGGAUAAAGCACGUUAAGGGAAUGCUUCUUUUUGGACCUCCUGGUACAGGAAAAACCCUUAUGGCACGGCAAAUUGGAAAGAUGCUGAAUGGAAAGGAUCCAAAGAUCGUUAAUGGUCCUGAGGUGCUGAGCAAGUUUGUUGGUGAGACAGAAAAGAAUGUAAGAGACUUAUUUGCUGAUGCUGAGCAAGACCAGAGGACCCUUGGUGAUGCGAGUGAGUUACACGUCAUUAUAUUUGAUGAAAUCGAUGCUAUUUGUAAGUCAAGAGGCUCGACCAGAGAUGGCACAGCUGUCCAUGAUAGUAUUGUGAACCAGCUUUUGACAAAGCCUUUUUAACUGCAUAGCUACCAUUGAUAACGUUGUGUGGGACUCUAGAUGUAAUGAAGAAACUUUUCAUUUCCUAAGGAAGUCAUUAAGGCUGAAUACUUCAGACUUCUACUCAAACCAGUCACGUAGUUGGUUUUGUCAUUUUCCGCUGUGUUUUUUUUCGUUCGCUUGCCUCUUCUUUCUUUCUUUCACUACUUAUUCAAAAGGGUAACCAGAAGUAUUGCAUUCACCUGAUUGAGCUACUUAACAAUCGUGUUUGUUCUCUUUAAAGUUACCUAACUGUAAGAGCAUGCCUCUUGAUACCAGGCAACGUGAUUUGCCUCCUCAACCUUGCUUUGAGGAUAACGCAGCUCGAACUGUCCCUCUCCCUGAGCUUGGGAGACCAUAUGCAGAUGAGCUUCAGUCUCUCUGUUUGCAGCCAUCGCCACUCCAGUCUCUUCUGUGGAGUCAUCAUGAUAAGGAAUCUUGUGGAAAACGGUUCUCGAUGUGACAUGAGGUCUUGGUGCGCUGCUGCUGCUGCUGCUGCUGCUGCUGCUGCUACUCCACAUGGAGCAUUAGAGUCUUCUCAGAAAGGACUUAUGAUAUUCGAUCAGUCAGGAAACCUGAUAGCUGGAAGCUCAAUGAAAUUUUUGCCACUGGAAUUGUCUUGGGAGGCUACCAAGCCGUUAUGAGUGUGAUUUUCUUCUGGGUGAUUCACAAGACUGACUUCUGCUCGGACAAGUUUGGUGUGAGGUCAAUCAGGGACAAUAACGAUGAACUAAUGUUUGCUGUGUACCUACAAGUUAGUAUCAUCAGCCAAGCGCUUAUAUUCGUCACGAGGUCAAGGAGUUGGUCAUUCGUUGAACGUCCUGGGGCGCUUCUGAUGAUUGCGUUCGUCAUUGCACAACUGAUUGCUACUUUGAUUGCAGUGUAUGCAAACUGGACAUUUGCAAAGGUGAAGGGUAUAGGUUGGGGAUGGGCUGCUGUGAUAUGGGUUUACAGUAUUUUAACAUACAUCCCACAAGAAAUUUUGAAGUUUGCCAUUAGAUACAUCUUGAGUGGAAAGGCUUGGGUCAGCAUGUUUGACAAAAGGAGCGCUCUGACGACCAGGAGAGAUUAUGGUGCUGGAGAAAGACAAGCUGAGUGGGCGAGAGAACAAAGGACGCAGCACGGUCUGCAGACAAGACAAGAGGUCAACGUCUUCCCAGAGAACGAGGGUUACAGAAAGCUGUCUCAGAUCGUUGAGCAAGCCAAGAAAAGGGCCGAGAUAGCUAGGUACGUGUACUUUGAUUAAAUCGAUUUCAACGGAAGAAACUAGAAGUUGCUUGAUUCUUAUUGGUGAAUGCUUUGUUUUGACAGGCUUAGGGAGAUUCACAUUCAAGGGACAUGUUGAAUCAGUCGCAAAGCUAAAGGGCUUGGACAUUGAUACAUCAGGACAUCACUACACUCUGUAGUUGCCAUAACCAUUCCCAAAAACUCUCUUUUUUAAUUGUUAGUCAUUGUUCCUAAACUUCUAAAAUAGAGCUUUGCAUUUGCCUUUGAAGAAACAAGGCUUUUGCGUUAAGAGUAUAUAUAUAUAUUUUAAAUUGUUCAUGCAAUUGAAUUGGUUUUCCAAAAA